AUGCAUUCGAGGAGGUGUCCAUCAGGGCUGACUCGCCCCUGGGGUGUACCCCCAGAGUACUUCACGAGGCUGUUAAAGUUCGAGUGUUACUUUGAGAACGGGACGGAGCACGUGCGGUAUGUGGAGAGACACAUCCACAACCGGGAGGAGCUCAUGCGCUUUGACAGCGACGUGGGAGAGUAUGUGGUGCUGAUGGAGCUGGGGCUGCGCGAAGCUGAGCAUAGGAACAGUCAGAGAGAGAUCCUGGAGAACGAACGGGCAGUGGUGGACACUUACUGCAGGCCCAACUACGAGGCUGCUGAGAUCUUCUUACUGGGCAGGAGCUUUGAGCCCGAGGUGAUUGUGUAUCCAUCAAAGAUGGCUCCUCUGGGACACCACAACCUGCUUGUCUGCUCUGUCAGUGGUUACUAUCCUGGGAACAUUGAGGUCAGGUCGUUACUGAAUGGGCAGGAGGAGACAGCUGGGGUUGUGUCCACAGGCCUGAUCAGCAAUGGAGACUGGACUUACCAGAUCCUGGUGAUGCUGGAAAUGACCCCCAAGCGUGGAGAUGUCUACACCUGCCAAGUGGAGCACUCCAGCCUUCAAAGACCUGCCAUCUUGGACUGGAAAGCACAGUCUGAAUCUGCCCAGAAUAAAAUGCUGAGUAGAGUCGGGGGCCUCCUGCUGGGCCUGAUGUUCUUUGGGGUUGGCCUCAUUGUCCACAACAGGAGUCAGAAAGGAAGUCAUGGUUCACAACCAACAGGGCUCCUGAGCUGAUCCCUGAGCCUGUGUCACCUGGAACUGUUGCCUCCCUUCCACAUUUGGAAGCCUCUGUUUAUGCCCAGAUCUCUAGGAGAUUAACCCUACUG